GUCAGGCGAGAAAGGCGAGAAAGGCGAGAAAGGCUUUCCUCGGUUGAGAAGGAAAACAAGUAUCGCACACAUACCCUCUCUCUCUCUCUCUCUCUCUCUCUCUCUCACAUAUCAUUCUCUCUAUUCAUUCCCUCUUUUGUUUCUGUUUAUCUUUUGAUCCCACAUCCCACCCCACCGGAAACACGUUAAACCUCUCCUCCUCGUCUCAUGUACGUACGAUAGAAACCGAAGAAAAGGGAGGAGAAAACAAACAAAACCCGAAAACCACCCGUCUGAAAACCGCCUUCUUCAACCAGAAAACCACCCUUGAUUCCUCCCUUUCACAUCUUUAUACAUACCAUCAUCCCCUAAACCGGGUUUCCUCCUUCGUUACCAAUCUUUCCGGUGGUUUGUUUUCCGAAGCCGUACAGGUUUCUUUGGUGUUUUUCCAGCGUGAUUUUCUUGAAUGGGACGGAACGCGCAGUUUUUGACGGAGAGGGAAAGGUCGGACGACGAGUGAUUUAUGAUUUAUCCGGAAGAGGCUUGUGAGGGGCUAUUAUUGGCUAACGUGAGCCACCGUGCGUAGACUAGGGGAGAAAAAGCCGAAAAGGAGGAAGGAAGUGCGAUCGCGGGGGUUUGAUACGUGGAGAGCCGUGAUUGAGAGUUGGAAUAUGACAGAGACGGAGAACGAGAUGCCGUUGAUGCCGUGGGGUACGUGGGAGGAGCUCCUUCUCGGGGGCGCCGUACUUAGGCACGGCACCGGCCCCGCAGCCUGGGACGCCAUCGCCGCCGAGCUCCAAGCCAGGUCCCUCCAUCCCUGCUCUGUCACCGCCGAGGUGUGCAAAGCCAAAUAUGAGGACUUGCAAGAGCGAUUUUGUGGUUGCGCAGCUUGGUUCGAGAAGCUUCGCAAGCAACGAGUUGCUGAGUUGAAGCGGGAUUUGGAGAUAUCUGAAGGCUCUAUUGGCUCUCUAGAGUCAAAGCUUGAGAGUCUCAAGGCCGAAAGAGAAGGAAGCCGCCGUGUGGAAUACGAUUCCAGUAGGACAGAAUCGCCAUUAACUGUUGGAAACUCAUCGGAAGCAGCCGAAUCCUCCGGCAAGGAGGCAUCGAAAGAUGGUCUGUCUGCUGGUAGCUUCACAGAGGAAAAUACCACCGUCUGGUCCCCCAAAUGUCACGUGCCGGCAGUGGUGUCGCCACCUCAAGAAAACAAUAUCAUCAUUAAACAAGAACCAGAACCAGAACCAGAAUCAGCUGAGGAUACAAAGCGAGAGAAGACAACAGCGUACGACGAUGAGAAGAAGCUUCCGAUGGAAGGUAUUGUCGGUGUCCAAGGGGGAUGUGUGAGGAAGAGGAGAGGGAAGAGGAAGAGGAAGGACUGUACUACUACUACUACUACUACUACUACUGCUACUAGUGGCAGUAGGGACGUCAAGGAAGGGAGUGUUGGAGAAAAUGAUGUCUCCACAUCGGGCAACGUCGCCGUCACCAUCCCGGACAAAGAAGACGCAAUGAACAUUCCGAAUAAUCGCGAGGUUGAUGAACAUGCAAAGGAAGGCCGAGGCGUAGAGCUGAUGGGAAUUUUGGAUUUGCUAAUGGAAAAUGAUUGUGCUUCUGCCUUCCGUCGCCGCCUUGACAGCCAGAGGCGAGCGAGGUACAAGAGAAGCGUAAGACGGCACCUAGACAUGGAGACCAUAAGAUCGAGGAUCGUGGAGCGUUCGAUCACGUCAACCAUAGAACUAUACCGCGACGUGCUUCUGCUUGCCAACAAUGCCGUGGUCUUCUACCCAAAAAACACCCGCCAAUACAAGUUAGCCCUCUCUCUGAGGGACCUCGCCGGGAAAAUUUUCCGGCGAAUUCCCAAGGACACAACCCGAGAUACUACCGUCGCUGCAAUUGCCUUGGAGACCACCACAACCACAGAAGCUGCUCCUGCUCCUGCUCCUGCUCCUGCUUCUACUCCUGCUCCAACUCCAACUCCAACUCCUGCUCCAGCUCCAGCUCCAGCUCCGGUCGUUACUGAAUCGCCUAAACGUAACCCUACGGUGAAGCCACGAAGUGCGCGCCCCUACAACCGCAAAGUGGUUGAUGGUGGGAAAUUUAUUGCGGGUACUCAGCCGCGAGAAGAUAAGAAGGCACGAGAUGCCGCUUCUUCUCCGGCGGCUUCCACUUCGCCUGUAAAGAAAGGCGUUGGACGGCCGGCGAAGUCUGGACGUGGAGGUGCUCGUAAGCGGGCGGAGGUUCCGGUUAAGGCAAGGAAGAGAGCUCGCAGAAGUUGAAAAGGGUGUGAAUACUUUGCUUAAAUUGUGAUUAUAUGUGUAAACAAGGAGAAAGAAAACGAAUUGCACAAAAGAAAACCCAAAAGAGAAACCAGAAAGUUUAGGAAAGGAAAGAAAAGGAAAUGAAACAAACAGUAACAGUUAGAAAAACAAAGUUGUAUAGCAUCAGCUGCGGUUAGAUGUAGACAGUAGGAACUAGGAUUCUAGGUAGGGUCAUAUGUUGUAUUUUUCUUUUUUUUCCUUAGCAAUGUAAAGUGAAGCUGGAAACUCUGGAAUCAUCUGAGAAUCUUUAAUCUUCAGAGGCUUUUGUUAAA